CACAUUAUUGAUGUGGUUGCAAAGUGGCCGGGAUUGGUUCACGAUGCAAGAAUACUUGCUCAAAGUGGACUCUGCACGAUAUUUGACAGCGGCAUCGUCCCAGCUGGGUGUCACUUACUGGGAGAUAGUGGCUAUCCCAGCAAGAAGUGGCUACUGACUCCAUACCUCAGACCACAGCCUGGAGCACAGUCUUCUUAUAACAGGGCCCACAAGAAAACCUGCAGCAUUGUUGAGAGAGGCAUCGGGCAGCUGAAGCCACAUUUUCACAUGCUACACAGUGAAAUCCAAGUUGGUCCUCCAUCCAAGGUCUGCCAAAUUGUAGAGGUUUGUGCAUUGCUGCACAACAUCUGCAAAGCAAGAAACAUCAUUCUUCCUGAGGAAGAAGAACAUCUUGCUGCAGCCGAGGAUGGAGGCAACGAGGAGCGACCCCCAGCACAGAAAGUUCAAAGUCGCCAUGAAGGAAUCCUUUACAGGGAUGAAUUUGUUGUAACACAACCCAUAAUACUGAUUAUAGUAGCAUUCUUCAGUUUUUCUCCUCUGUCACUUUGUUAUUUAUAUUUAUAUGUCUUGUUUUGUUGUGUGUGCACUGUUAUGUUGGUGAUUUCAUCUUCCUUGCCUCACUCUCUGCCAGUUACCCACUAUUGCAAAGAUAGAGUUCUUCACAGAUACCACAGUAUUACUGUUCAGCCUUACAAUAUUUAAAUGGGUUAUGAUGAA